ACAUCAACGAGUGUACAUCGCAUACAGGGGUGUACUGUGGAAAAUUCGCAAACUGCCAUAACAUGAAAGGGAGCUACUACUGCGAAUGCGUCCAGGGAUAUGGGCUCAUUUCUGGGGCUAAACGUUUCCAGAAUGAGAGUGAGAACACAUGUCAAGAUGUGGAUGAAUGUCAGCAGAACCCCAGAAUUUGUGAAGGCCAAGGCAUCUGCACCAACACCCUGGGAAGCUACACCUGCCAUUGCCCACCUGGCUUUGUGUUCAACCCGAUGGCCCCAAAGCCGUGCACAGACGUGAAUGAAUGCACCUCUGGAAAAAACCCUUGCCACAACUCCACCCACUGUCUCAACAAAGUAGGCAACUAUGAGUGCCGCUGCAUCCCGGGCUGGAAGCCGAUUCCCAGGUCUCCUAAUGGCCCAAACAACACCAUCUGUGAAGAUAUGGAUGAGUGCAGCUCCGGGCAGCAUCCAUGCCACGAGUCUGCUGUCUGCGUCAAUACACUGGGCUCAUACACAUGCCGCUGCCGCCCGGGCUGGAAGCCGAAAGCGAGGGUCCCAAACACCCAAAAGGGCCCUGUCUGUGAAGAGAUGCCCUUCAUCCACUGGACCCUGCCCCCAGGUGUCAACAGCCAGAGUCUCUCUGCCUUCUUUGAGAAAAUUCAGGAUCUGGGCAGAGACUUCAAGUCUGACUCAGCCAAUGACACCAUCAAGGACCUCAUACAGCUGGUGGAUGAGCUGCUGGAGACCCCUGGAGAUCUGGAGACCCUGCCCCGCUCACAGCAGCACUGUGUGGCCACUCACCUGCUGGUUGGCCUGGAGGAUGCCCUGAGAAGACUGAGCAAGAACCUGCCCGAUGGGCCGUUGACCUUCAAUUUCUCUACAGGCACAG